GAGAGAGAGAGAGAAAGAGAGAAAUCGCCAAUUCAUCGAAAACAGUUGUUAUCAAAAGUAUUGGCUUCACCGUAGUUAAAUUUGGGCCUAUAAUGACAAACCAAAAUCCUUUAUCGAUAUGCAAGAGGAGAAUGACAACUUCCCACUCCUGACUGGAGGUGAACAGUUGUUCGCCAAGGCAGCCAGCGAAUUUCUCCGGCGUAGGGCAGGGUUCAUGUGUACAAAGCCUUGUGUUUUUCUCGCAGUAUUUCUAAUGGGUUUCAUAAUCGUACUUUCGUGUUGUGAUCAAGUAACUAGUAGAAUUUUGAACCAAAUCGAGGGCAUUAGAGGGAUCCAGGGUUGGUCGUUUGUAAUGCAAAACCAGUGGUAUUUCCAAAGAGUUUCAAGUAAGGCACCAAUGAUGUUUAAUCGAUCGGCCGAUACGGCGUUGCCAUCGAGGGUAUGCAAACUGGUGAGGAUACACCAUAUGUUAGAGGCACUAGGGGUAUUAGUAUUGUACGGAGCUAGUUUAUGGAAAGCUUGUUCCCAGAACAGUAAAUUUCGAAAUUGCGGACAUUUGGCAAAAGCUAUGAGUUGCAAUUGUGUUGUAGACCAAAAUAUAAACCGUUUAAACAAUGAUUCAAAUUCCAAAAACUUGUUAGCAGUGCGAAACAAAAAAAAAAAAAAGAAAAAAAAACCGUACUAUUCCUCACCUGUAAUGAUCUAAAUCCUUGAAAUACAAGGAAAACCGUGUUUAUUACGGCGAUUAUUUCUUCUUCUUCGCUGGCUUGAAAAUGUCGGGUCUUCCCGCUCCAGACCAAACUGCUUGGGAUAUAGUCAUCAUGUUGAUAGCGGCGUUAAUGUCUCUCUGCCAUAGCUUUAGACAUUGCUUGCAAUGAAGAACGCCGGUACCCUUGAAUCCAGGGGUAUUAACAAUUUGCAUAUCAUCAUAGAAACAGAGGCUGCAUGUUUUAGAGGUUUUGAAUUCAUCGAUUGUGACAACAAUCAAUUGACCUUCAGCUUCACGUUUCUUCAGAGUUGCAAAAAGUUUACCGACAACACCACAUCUUUGCCCUUUCAAUUUUACUACAUCUUUUCCAAACAUUCCAGCACCAAAGACAAUCAAUGG